AUGAAAGCCGUCAACAGAGCCCUUCCACUUCUGGCUUCUGAGCAAGUCGGGCCAAAAGGCUGGAUCAACAACAUCUACGUCUUCCAGCUUGAUACCGACUACGAUGCCUCUCGCAUCGCAUCGAUCCUUCUCUCGGCAUGGAAGAACUUCAGGCGCCGGACCCCCAUGGUUGGUGUUGAAGUGAUACCUGAAGACAUCGAGCAGCAGCCAGCGGGUAUGUUCAAACUUCAAGCAUACGAGGAUGGCGAAGUCGAGGACUUUGUCUUCAGAGAUCACCGCGACGAUGCCGACAUGCCCACCUUCGCCCAAUUGCAUGAGCAAGGCUUUCCCAACGGGGCCAUGGACGAUGAGAAGUUGUGUUUGCGAAAACUCGGGGGCCCGUGGCCCAACUUUGGCGUCGACAGGCUUGCGACCACCAUGAUGCAGGUCAACAUGAUCAAGGGAGGACUCUUGCUCAAUCAUCUGUGCCUCCACAUGAUGGGAGAUGGUGCGGGCAUGUGGAAGCUGACCGAACUGUUUGCGGAUGAAGUACGCCGCGCUCAAGGUCUGCCAAUCGAAACCCCUGCCGAAGUUACUGUCGAUGAUCGUGAGAAACUGCUUCGCAGUACUGGAAAGUACGACCUUGCUGCUUUUGCGGCAGCACACCCCGAGUGGGCUCACCUGCCAUUUGUCCCGCCAGGUUUCCCGGACGCCUUGGUCAACGCUUCACACCACGCACAUGUGUUCCGAUUCUCGUCUGAAGCCAUCGCUGCGCUCAAGGAUGAGUGCGCGCCUUCUAAUGUGCACCUGCUCAGGAACCAGGCUUCUGUGACACCUCUCCCCGGAUUCAUCUCAACCAACGAUGCUCUGACGGCACUUCUCUGGAGGUCUAUCCAACGCGCUCAGCAUACCGACGCAUCCCAGAUUGCUGCUGACAAGAUGUCUCUCUGUCAGGUCGCUCUUGACACAAGACGUCGGGCAUACGAUGAAAUUCACCCACACACGCUCGGCAACAUCCUCGGUUAUACCGCAACUACACUGUCUCUUUCUGAAGUUGUCUCGCCCGAGAAAGCUUCGCUCGCAGACCUGGCGGUCAUGGUCCGGAUGGCUGUGAACAAGUGCGGCAAACAAUACCACGACGAGCUGGCAUACUACAUCGAGAACAUGGACAACGUGAACUGCCUUGCUGGUACCUGUUUCCUCGACAUGCCCGGUGCCAACAUGCUGCAAAGCAACUGGAGCAAAUUUGACCACUAUGGCAUCGAAUGGGGUCCUGAGUUCGGCCACAGUAUGAAGGCAUUGCGUUUCCCUGCCAGCGGUAUCUGUGCUGGGUUCCAAGUCAUCAUGCCCACGCCUCCAGAUGCACCAAAGGGAACUGUAGAUGUACUUGUCGACGUUACCGAGGAUGCAUGGCAGCACUUGCUUGUCGACGAGACUUGGAAUCGCUUUGCGUUGAACCCCACCACAACGGUGUACAAGUAG